AUGCGACGGAGCCGCACAGCGCUGCCCUUCCUGAGCGCGGAGCGUUGCCGCGAUGCCGCCGAGGCCGUCCCGUCGGGACCGGGGCCGGGAUCGCUGCCGGGCGCCGUCCGCCGCCGCUUCUCCGGGACUCCGCUGCUGCCUCCGCUCGGCUGCCGGGGGGGCCCCGAGCCCGAGGGCUCCCGCGUGGUGUUCACUAUCGAGGAGAGCGGCCCCAGCAGCGGUGACGAGGCGGACUCCCCCCGAGGGUCCCCUCCGCCGCACCCCUCACCCGGUGCCUCCGAGGGUCCCACGUGUGCCGCCGUGCUGGGGGGGCCCUUCCUGGCUCCCCGCCACCCCCGGGAUAUUUUGGCCCUCGCCGCAGACAGCAGGAGGCUGAGGGUGAACCAGAGCAUCCGCCUGCAGCGCCGCUUCACCGUGGCGCAUCCCCUCGGGGGCCGGGCACUGCAGGGAACAGCGGCGUCCUCUCCAAUUUUAACAGCACCUAUUUAUAGCGGCCCCCAGCCCCCCCUCUGCCUGACACCACACAGCAUGGAAAGUAUUUCUGAGUUCGGCUCCAGAUCUGCUGUCCCGGCUGUGUCCCCCCCUCCCAACCACACUGCCCCCACCCCGGUGUGCCCCACAGCCAUUGUGGGGGGUAUGUGUGUGUCUGCUCCACAUCUUGGUGACACCGUGCCCGGGUCGGGGCUGUCCCCGGGGUGGCAGCGGGGUCAGAGGUGGCUGAGCUGCACCGGAGGGGGAACAAACCCCCAAUUGAGCCGCAGCAGGAGGAGUCACAAUGCGGCUUUGUGUCCCCGUACCAUCGGGGACGCGGGGCAGAGGCUGACAGCGGGGUCCGGGGAUGCAGCCAGGCAGCCGCUGCCCGUCCCGGAGGCACUCCUGCGUCGGGUAGGUCCUGCAGUGUGUGGGGGGGACGGGGACGCACGGCCCCACUCUUUCCCUGGGGCGGCUCAUCCCCGUCCCCAUUGCGGCAUUGGGAGGGGACGGGUGCUGGUGACCCUCGCUGUGUCCCCGUGCUCAGCUGUUCCCAUGACCCAGGGGCAGCGGGGCGGUGGCUGCCAUGGGGACAGCACAGGGCCACCAUCUCCGUCCCCGUGCCUCUUGUCCCCCGUGGGCCGCACGGCUUCGGAUGGCACCGCCCCACCGCGUCCCCAGGGCCCGGCGCUUGGCUUCCCCCGUGGUUUCUGUCCUUCGAUGUCCCCUGGCUCCGUGCCCUGGACGGGUCCCCUGUGGGACUCGGCGCUUCGGGCUACGGCUGAUGGAGACUUUCGAGGACUCGCAGCAGACCGCGGUGCUGGGGACACUGGGACGAGGGAUGAUGGUGACACGGGGCGGCUCACCUCCAGCAGCGGGAUGGGUCCCAGCCUCGCCCUGGCGGUGAAUGGGGACGGCAGCGGUGUCCCCAGUGCUCCCAGUGCCCCGGCCGAUGCCAGCCCCGUCUGCUAUCCCUGCAGCUUUGACCUGGAGAAUGGCCCCCCGGGAAGGGGCCCGCUGGAGCCGCAGUGCAGCCCGGGCGCAGGGCUGGUGCUGCAGGGCGCCUUCACCCACGGCCAGCGCCGCGAGUCCUUCCUCUACCGCUCCGACAGCGACUACGACCUGUCCCCCAAGGCCAUGUCCCGCAACUCCUCCAUCGCCAGCGACCUGCACGGGGAAGACAUGAUCGUCACACCCUUCGCCCAGGUCCUGGCCAGCCUGCGCACCGUGCGCACCAACGUGACAGUGCUGCUGCACCUCCAGGAGCGCGUGGGCACCAAGCGGGCGUCGAGCAGCAGCCUCCCCUCUGCCAGCAGGGCCGGCCUGUCUGCAGAGGAUGCUCAGCAGAAGCUGUCGCUGGAGACCCUGGACGAGCUGGACUGGUGCCUGGAGCAGCUGGAGACGCUGCAGACGCGGCACUCGGUCGGCGAGAUGGCUUCCAACAAGUUUAAGCGGAUGCUGAGCCGGGAGCUCUCACACCUCUCGGAGAGCGGCCGCUCGGGGAACCAGGUGUCCGAGUACAUCUCCAGCACCUUCCUGGACAAGCAGCACGAGGUGGAGAUCCCUCCAGCACUGCCCAAGGAGAAGGAGAGGGAGCGCAGGAAGCGGCCGAUGUCGCAGAUCAGUGGUGUGAGGAGGCCGGCCCACGGCCCCCGCCCUGCUGCCAUCCCGCGCUUUGGGGUUCGCACGGAGCAGGAGGGGCUGCUGGCCAAGGAGCUGCAGGACACCAACAAGUGGGGUCUCGACAUCUUCAAAGUGGCUGAGUACUCAGGGAACCGCCCGCUGACGGUCCUCAUGUACAGCAUCUUCCAGGAGCGUGACCUGAUGAAGACGUUCCGCAUCCCCGCCGACACCUUCCUCACCUACAUGCUGACGCUGGAGGACCAUUACCGCUCCGACGUGGCGUAUCACAACAACAUCCACGCCGCAGACGUGGCGCAGUCCACCCACGUGCUGCUCUCCACGCCGGCGCUGGAGGCCGUCUUCACCGACCUGGAGAUCAUGGCCGCCAUCUUCGCCAGCGCCAUCCACGACGUUGACCACCCCGGCGUCUCCAAUCAGUUCCUCAUCAACACCAACUCGGAGCUGGCGCUGAUGUACAACGAUGCUUCGGUGCUGGAGAAUCACCACCUGGCCGUGGGCUUCAAGCUGCUGCAGGAGGAGAACUGUGACAUCUUCCAGAACCUGAGCAAAAAGCAGAGGCAGUCGCUCCGCAAGAUGGCCAUCGAUAUGGUGCUGGCCACCGACAUGUCCAAGCACAUGAACCUGCUGGCGGACCUGAAGACCAUGGUGGAGACCAAGAAGGUGACCAGCCUGGGGGUGCUGCUGCUGGACAACUACUCUGACCGGAUCCAGGUCCUGCAGAACAUGGUGCACUGCGCCGACCUCAGCAACCCCACCAAACCGCUGGAGCUGUACCGGCAGUGGACCGACCGCAUCAUGGCCGAGUUCUUCCACCAGGGUGACCGGGAGCGAGAGAAGGGGAUGGAGAUCAGCCCCAUGUGUGACAAGCACACCGCCUCCGUGGAGAAGUCCCAGGUGGGAUUCAUCGACUUCAUCGCCCACCCGCUGUGGGAGACCUGGGCCGACCUGGUGCACCCCGACGCCCAGGAGAUCCUGGACACGCUGGAGGACAACAGGGAGUGGUACCAGAGCAUGAUCCCACGCAGCCCCUCCCCACCACCAGAGGUGGGAUCCGAAGUUCCCCCCGCUGACCCCGGCAAGUCCCAGUUUGAGAUGACGCUGGAAGAGGAGGAGGGAGAGUCGGACACGGAAGCGGAGGGGCCCGAGAGCCCUUUGGAGGAGGACAACAGUGGCUCCAAGACGUCGGCUACGGAUGAUUCGGAGUCAGCCGACACAGAGCGUUUGUCACCUGGCUCCGGGGACCGGGAGGUGGACAACAGGAGAGUGCUGGAGGGGACACUGCCAAAGGACAGGGCUGGUGGUGGGUGCACAGCGCCGGAUCCCGAGGGCGGCAGGGAGCUGUGCCUGGACACGGAGGGCAAUGUCACAUUCCUGCCCCUGGGCACGUAGGGCCUGGCCGGAGGCUACCAUCGCUGCUGUGGGGUUGUGGGACUGGGCACUGCCCCAGUGAGGGUCGUGGGCACUGCUGGGACUGGCACACAGAGCCCCAGAGGGCGUCCCCAUGUGGGAGCCGGGCAGGUGCUAAUGGCAAUGAGGAUAUUGCUCACCUCCUCCCCUGCUUCCACCCGGCAUCCAGCUGCUGGGAAAGGUCCCCGUUACCACAAACAGGGCUCGAGAUGCUGCUCCUGCCCCAUCCCAGCCCUGGGCACAGCAGAGCACUCAGCACAGUGCAGCCAAAAGCGUUUUGGUGUCACGGUGGCACACGGCACAACGCUGGCUGUGUGCCCACGAGUCGGAGGUGUUUUUAUUUGGGGACGCCUUCACUUUUUAAAGCCUUUUGUAGCUCACUUCAUCCUAUCAGCCUCACCUGGGCGCACGCAGCAGGAGCUGCUCUGCCUGCACUCAGUGCCGUUUGGCACCGUGGGCCCCGCGACGGUUCGGUUUCUUCCUUCACCCUCCAGAUAUUAAACCUCGUUUGUUUCUCCACUCCUCCCCAAAGCGGACGGUGCUCCUCUCGUGGGCGCUGGGGGCACCGUGCCCGGGUCGCGAUGCGCUCGGUGCCCCCGGGACCCCGCGGGGUGCGCGGAGAGCAGCGCCGUGCGCUCGAACAAAGCCGAACUCCUCCCUGGAAAUGUCGCUCCGUCUCUGGCAAACACUGCCCACGAAGGUAAAUAUUUAAUCGCCGGCUUGGCGCGGCGCGGAGCUUGCUCCCUGCUCUUCCGCAUUGCUCCCGGGGGUGAUUGAUCGGCAAACACGGCCCCACCCGCAGCGCCGCCCCGGCAAACCCCUCCCUUCACCCCAUAGCAACAGAGGGUCCCCACGGCCCCCCAGCCCCGCACUGCCACCCCCUCCUUUCGCCCCACGGUGGGGGGCCGCCUGCCUCAAACCCUCUGGGAGGGGGGAAAACACCCGGAUCCCAGGGCCGGGCUGGGGGGCGGCGGGCGCCCCACGGGUGCGGGGCUCUGCGGGGCGGGUGGGAGCUCCGUGCCCCCGGCCGUGGGGGGGCAGCGCUCGGUGCUCCAUCAGCGCUCGGUGCUCCAUCAGCGCUCGGUGCUCCCCGCGGAGCUCGUGCUGCCCGCAGCCCCAAAGGGGGACCGGGGUGAUGCUGCGGGCCGAAGGUGCGGGAGGCCGCGCCUGGAGGUGGGGGGUGGAGGCGCGGGGCCCUAUGGGUGGUCCUGAGGCCUUCGGGCCCCGGCUGCGGGCUGAGCCCCCGCCAUCUGCCGCGGCCUAAUCCGCGCCGAGCUCAGCCCGCAGCGGGGCCGUCGGAGGACGCGGGGUCCGGGGCGGGACACGGCCGCCCACCUGCAGCGGGCGUCACCUCAGGGCGCGGGGUCACCGAGAGCGAUGGGCUCAGGGGCCCUAAGGGUGACAGGUGGGGC